AUGACAUUCAAGUCAGAGGCGAUUGUGGCUAGGGGCCCCAUUUCUGAAGGCAAAUGGGCUAUCGAACCUGUCACUUUGCGAGAACUCCGUGAAGACGAGGUUCUUGUAGAGAUUGUCGCCUCCGGUAUUUGUCAUACAGACCUGCAUUGUGGCAACACUCCGGCUGAUGCAGGAGUUCCUGGCGUAUACUAUCCAAGAGUCCUUGGUCAUGAGGGCUCUGGCUAUGUGGUUCAAGUGGGCAGCGGUGUGUCACAUGUGAAGGCAGGCGACCCCGUCCUCCUCUCAUUCUCAUACUGUGGGACAUGCCAUGUCUGCAAGACCGGGCCGCCAUCUCACUGCACCAACUUCUUCGAGAUAAACUUCAUGGGUGAGCCCGUGUUCUCUGAUGGAAUUGGCGGUCGCUUCUUUGGACAGUCAAGUCUUGCUCGCCACUCCAUCGUGAGCGACAAAUCCAUCGUUAAUGUUGCAGGACUUGGCUUGAGUCGAGACGACCUCAGGAUCCUGGCACCACUUGGAUGCGGGUUGCAAACUGGCAGUGGAACUGUCAUCAACGUUGCUCAGGCUGGACCGAAUGACUGUGUUACCAUUGCUGGCAUGGGAGGAGUUGGCCUCGCAGCCGUGAUUGCGGCGAAAAACCAGGGAUGCAAGGCCAUUAUUGGAAUCGAUCGGCUCGAAAGCCGACUUGAGCUUGCGAAAACUCUUGGGGCUACCCACGUUAUCAACACCACAGGGCUUGACAUGAAGCAAGUCACAGAGAAAAUCAAGGAGGCGGCAGAGGGACUUGGAUCAACCAUCAGCAUUGAUACCAGUGCUCACCCACCUUUGCUGGCUGCGCAGAUUGAUGCGACCAGGUACAUGGGCAAAGUUAUCCAAGUUGGAACUGGAAUGCCCGAAGCAAACAUCUCGAUCCAUAUGCAGAGCUUCACGGUUAGUGGCAAGCAAUACUUCGGGGCUGUGCAAGGACACUCCAGGACGAGAGAUUAUGUCCCUCAAAUGGUUCAAUGGUGGAGGGAGGGUAUUUUCCCAGUUGAAAAACUGAUCAAGGUCUUUGAGUCCUCGAACUUUGAACAGGCCGUUGAGGCGAUGAAACGUGGCGAUGUCGUCAAGCCCAUCAUUGCCUGGUCAUAA